UACCGCAAGAUAUAGGUAAACUUUUACCAUUACCAUUACGUUACCUGAUAACUUAUUCAAAACGUUGACAAGUACACUAAAAUGAUACUCGUACAUGGAAAGAUUCCUUGGAAGGAUACAGAUUAAAGAUUGAUCAUGUUAAAAUGGUCAGAGGAAGCAAUAUUGAUCAUACUCUCUCUCUCUCUCUCUCUCUCUCUAUAAACUUAUCUCCUUCCUAUGUCGAGCAGAAGGCUUCUCUCCGAUGUCUACAAAACCCAUAUUCUUCUUCUUCUUCUUGCCCUGUUUUUGGGCAACUGCUAUGCUCAAACAAGUCCCAAUUGUGUCCCCUCUUGUGGAAAUAUCCACAUCAGUCACCCAUUUCGAGUGAAAGGAGACCCAAAGGAGUGCGGAAACAAGAAAUACGAACUGGAAUGUGACCACAAUCGUCCUGUACUGUACUUGAAUUCCUCUGCAAAAUACUACGUCCACGCCAUCAACUACAACAACUACACAAUCCGACUAGUCGAUGUUGGCUUAAAACAGGGAAGUUGCUCAUCCCUCCCUCUUCAUUCUUUAUCAGAUCUCAACUUCACUAAUGCUGACCAAUAUGCAUUAAAGUUCCCUUACGGAGCUGUCAGUUAUUCUUCCGCGGCUUUUAAUUUUUACAUUGAUCAUCUAAUCCCAUGGGAUGUGGCCGUGGCACUCUGGGUAGAUUGUGAAAAGCCAGUAAAAUCUCGAUUCUACUCCGAAAGUAAUACUAGUGCUUCUAGUUGUAUUGAUAAAGCAACUUCUUCUUCUUCACUCUCUUCCGGAGAAAAGAGACGCUAUUCUUACUUUUUGUUCGGAAGCUUACUACUUUCGGACGUGGCAGAUCAGUGCAAAAUAGAUGAGAUACGUAUAACAACGUUGUGGUUGCCAGCUGAUAAAAGCCAAGCAAACAUUUCCUACUCGGAUUUCCACAGUAAAUUGGAGUAUGGGUUUGAGGUUUCCUGGCUGUCCUCUGCCUGUGAACAAUGCGAAGGACUAGGAAAUCACUUUUGUUACAUGGGGUCUAAUUACAGCGUCAAUUGCUACAAAUUCUGCGAUUAUGGGCCCGCCAAAAACAGGACCUUUCAAUGUCGCUUGGAGAUUUUCUACAAUGAAUAUUUCAUUCCUGGAUACAAAGUUCGUGGGUUCGAUGUCACAGGAUGGAUCAUUUUAGGAAGAACUUCAUGUGGGAUGUUAUGCCUAUGGGCAUUUUUAAUAUAUAAGUUUAGAAGAAGACAUUUAUCAAUGUUCGAUACCGUUGAAGACUUUCUACAAGGUCAAAACAACCUGAUGCCGAUUAGGUACUCGUAUUCCGAAAUAAAGAAGAUGAGCAGAGAUUUCAAGGACAAGUUGGGGGAAGGAGGCUAUGGUUCCGUAUACAAAGGAAAGCUCCGAAGCGGUUAUGUCGCGGCAAUAAAGAUUUUAGGAAAGCCCAAAUCCAAUGGCCAAGAAUUCAUCAAUGAAGUUGCUACCAUUGGAAGGAUUCAUCAUGUCAAUGUGGUCCGACUAAUCGGAUUUUGUGCUACGAGAUCUAAACGAGCUCUUGUUUACGAAUAUAUGCCUAAUGGUUCUCUUGAGAAAUACUUAUUUUCUCAAGAAGGAAACAUCUCCUUGAGUUGCAAGCAAAUGUAUGACAUUUCCGUUGGAGUGGCACGUGGGAUCGAAUAUUUGCACCAGGGUUGUGACAUGCAAAUCUUACAUUUUGACAUCAAGCCUCACAACAUUCUUUUAGAUGAGAAUUUCAAUCCAAAAGUGUCAGACUUUGGGCUUGCGAAACUAUAUUCAACAGAUAAUAGCAUGGUGUCUUUUACUGCAGCAAGAGGAACAGUGGGCUACAUGGCUCCAGAGUUGUUCUACAAAAAUAUUGGACGUGUUUCGUACAAAGCUGAUGUUUAUAGUUAUGGAAUGUUGUUGAUGGAAAUGGCAGGUAGAAGGAGGAACUUGAAUGCAUUUGCCGAUCAGACAAGCCAAAUUUACUUUCCUUCAUGGAUUUAUGACCAAUUCAAAGCAGGAAAGGAAAUCGAAAUGGGAGAAGCCACGGAGGAGGAAAGGGAGAUGGUGAGGAAGAUGGUUAUAACGGCACUAUGGUGCAUCCAAAUGAGGCCUAGCGAUCGUCCUUCGAUGAACAAAGUUCUAGAGAUGCUUGAAGGAAACGUUGAAGCUCUUGAAAUGCCUCCCAAGCCUUUCUUAACUCCUCAAGAGAUGCCAAUUGAAGAUCAAUGAACCAAUUUGCAUCUUUAUGUAUUGAGUUGCUCAUUUUACUAGUUGUAGUCCUAUACUAAAGGUCACGACAUCCUCUUAUUCUCCUAGUUGGUUGGCAUUGCCCAUUCUGGCUAGUUGUAGCUUUAUGUAUUUAGCUUGUCUUAUAUAUUGAGUUGCUCAUUCAACUUUUGUGAGCACAUAUAUACAUAAUGAUAGUUUUGAAGCAGCUCGCUUAUGAAAAUAGCAUGGGAAGAAAUUCAAUCGCCAAGUUGAUCCAGUGACUUGAUUU